UUAUAUCCAUAAUUCAUAUCUCAAAUAUAGUUGUAAAUGUGAAUAACCUAAGAAGUGAUUAGACCCAAUGUAAGCUCUAAAUUGAUUAGCUUAGUGAUUUAUUUAAAUUCAUUGAAAUGGUUUACUUAAUAAGAUAUUAUUUUACUUCAGGAUGAGAAGAAUAAAAAAUAUGUAAUGUGAGAGAAAAUGUGGCUGUUAAAAUCCAGCUGUUUGAUCCUUUUCUUCAAUUUUAUUCUGCUCGUGAGCCAAAGAACAGUCGCAAAGAUACAUUCUAACUUCCAGAGGACUCCAACUAAACAAUUGAUGAUGAUUGGUCUGGAGUUUGGAAUGCCUUUUGAUAUUGCAAAUACACUUUCUAACCCGCUAGGAAGGACCCUGACAUCUCUAAGCUUGGUUGGAGUUUCUAUCUUUCUUGCGCUGGGUAUAGUUCUGGUUCCGUACAAUAUGGUGGCAAACUUCUUGGACCCUGAAGGAGUUUUCUCGGCUCCCGCACUUUUGGCAGUGAGAAGAAAGAGAUCAAUUCUGAAAGAAUCUCGACCUCCUCCGUCCUACGGAACCAUUCAUGAUUAUCUAGAUAUAGAAGAUGGGUUUUCAUUAUUAGGAGAAAAUGAACCUGCCUGCAGGAGAAGAUUGGUUUGUGAUCUCCACUACCUGCUGACAGAUGUACCAGUCUGGGUUCAGAUGAGUAUCCGAGCCUUCUCUAGAAACCUUAACCUAGGGGAGUACAGGCAGGCAGCACUGAAUGGUUUAUUGAGAAAGGAUUGUCACAUUGUUUACAAACACUGCACAAAAUCUAAUAUGCAGAUUUUAGCACAGGGUUGGCCGAAUUUGAAAUCAGGAAGAAGACGACCCCCGUAUCCUUAAUACAUGAGAAUUAAGAUUUUAAAUUAACAAGUUUUAGUUUAAUUUUGUUAGAUAAUUAGUUCAAAUAUGUUUUCAG